ACGGACAGUUGUACAUUCGCGAUUAAAGCAUAUCCGUUGCAGGUUCACAAGGUGGUUCCUCGGGCUUUAUCAUCGUUCGCGUGCAGUGUCACGGCUGACGUCGACUGACACUCGGUGGAACCCCCUUUCCUUUCCCUCUUCUUUUUGUUCGAGAGGAUAGGCUACUUGUUUUCAUCGCAACACCUCGAGCUUCGUGGUGGAGCCGUUUUCCCCAUAUCAAUGUGCAUUAAUGUAGGAGACAACGUGGAAGUGACAACAUUCUUGAUAACAAAGACCACUUACGUGAAGGUUUACCCUUGAGGCUGCGUUUAAUUCUGACAUUGGCGGACUUGUUACCACCACGCGCUUUGUAAACUCGACUAUGUUAUGUCUGUAAAGGCAGUGUUUGACACUGUUGAAGGUUGUGAUGUUAAAUCUCGAUAGACGAGCUCUUAUCUCAUCACCUGGCACCUUUGUUUUGGAUUUGACAAGGAUUUCGUAAAACCUGUGGGUGUACACAACUGACGGAUAUCGGGUUUUAGUCUAAAUCGGGAUCUAUACAUCCAAACUGGGAUCUAUGAGCGGAAAAGUGGCGAAGCCUAAAGAAGAAAAGGAUGCUUCAAAGGUCCAGGAUGACGCUGUCCCAGGUACCCAGGAGUACAUUAUGUUGCGGCAGGAUUCCAUCCAUUCUGCAGAUAUAAGGGGUAAAGGCUCCCCCUUUCGUGCUAAGUGUCAUGAAAUCUUCUGCUGCCCACUGAAGCAAGCCAUCCUCAAAGAGCACUCAGAUCCCGAAGAGCCCCAGCUUAAAGGGAUCGUAACGAAGCUGUACAGUCGACAGGGUUUUCAUUUGCAGCUCCAAGCAGAUGGAACCAUUGACGGCACUAAAGAGGAGGACAGUGGUUUCACCAUGUUCAACCUCAUCCCAGUGGGCCUGCGAGUGGUGGCCAUCCAGGGAGUUCAGACUAAACUCUAUCUGGCCAUGAACAGCGAGGGCUAUCUGUAUACAUCAGAACACUUCACACCAGAGUGCAAAUUUAAGGAAUCAGUGUUUGAGAACUACUACGUGACAUACUCCUCCAUGAUCUACAGACAGCAGCAGUCAGGCAGGGGCUGGUACCUGGGCCUGAACAAGGAAGGAGAGAUCAUGAAGGGUAACCAUGUGAAGAAAAACAAGCCAGCCGCACACUUCCUUCCCAAGCCUUUGAAAGUGGCCAUGUACAGAGAGCCCUCUCUGCAUGAUCUGACUGAGUUCUCACGUUCUGGCAGCGGCACACCCACAAAGAGCCGGAGUGCCUCAGCUGUGUUGAAUGGAGGCAAAGCUGUGAGUCAGCACGAGUCUACGUAGCCCGGUUCUCCCGGCCCAACCCACUACCUUAAGCCUUCACCAGAACCUCUAAAUGCUUGUGACUUCACACAGACUUUUCUCCAAAAGCCCUCAGUGGUUCAGGACAAGAUAACAUAAAACAUAACAUAGCCUUGCAACACUUUCCAAAUUAGCAACAGUUCAUUGGCCUUUUUACAUUCUUCUUUUUCAUUUGGAUUUUUGUUUUUAGACUUUUCUUUCACCACAAUAAUAUCCUUUUGCAUACAAAAGCACAAAAGUUGUAGCCUGUAAUAUAAUGGGGAAUUCCUUUUUAGUCCCUCUCAGCCACUGGCACUGAAUCAAGGUUAGGUUCACCAUUGUUUCUCAUCAAAGUUCAUUUACUAGCAUCGUAGGUCCUGAUCAAGUAAUGCAUUUGUUAAGAAUUCAGGGCAGUAAGUGAGGGUUUAGUUGCUUGGGUGAGGUGGAAAAAUUCACCCCUGUCCUCCAUGCUUCCUGAGUAAGUGAUAGAGAAGCCAUCAGCUCCUGUGUGGGCCAGGCGCUAGCUCUCCUAAAUUCUAGUGCACUCGCUUAGAGGUUCACUCUCUAGCAUGGGAAUAUAAAACCUACAUUCUGCUCACAAAAGAGAGUUGAGUUGUGUCUCUCAGAGCCAUGACUUGCUAAUUGUUUGAAUUAGUUGUGAGCAUUUUUUUUUUACUUGUUUCCCCUCAUGUUCUUCCCCCAAAUAAGUGUUUUUGUGAGGUUUUAACAGUGUCUGGGAGAUCCAGCACAUCAAAAACAGAACUGUGAGAGUUUUCCUGGUGCGCUUACAAACCACACAAGUACAUACACCCAAGACAGGAAGGUUUUUGUGUACAUUUUUGAUUGGGGGGGGUGGGGGGGUUCAGUAUUCUGGGAAAUGCUUUAGCUGGACAGCUUUUUAACGUGUGGUCUGAUAGGGCUGUUUGAAUUAAGUCCAGUCUCCCCUUCUGUCUCUUUUGUUUCUUGUUGUCUCUUUCUAAGUUCCUUUAGUCUGUGUGCUUGUGUUUUUGCCUUUCCUACACAUGUCUACUCUCCUUUGGUCAAUGCUAGUCACCAUUACUGGUGAUUUUCUGAGACAUGGUGGGAUCCCACCUUGACUCUGUUUUGUGUAAGUAACUUAUGGUGGUGAUAAUUUUAUAUAUAUAUAUAUAUAUAUAUAUAUAUAUAUAUAUAUAUAUAUAUAUACACACACACGCAAACAAAAGAGGUACUGUGUAAUUUCAGUUGGUUUAAAUUUUUUAGGGUAUGUCUUAUUUGUAAAAGUGAAAAAAAAAAAAAAACUUCUUGUACAGGGCAUGUACAAAUCAGGUUGUAUAUAAUAAGGUCCCUUUUUGUGGGCGGUGAUAUGUAUACUGCACUUUCCCUCUGGCAACAUAACUUCAUACAUGCAUAGAGGGGCUCUUCUUUCUUCUGUUUCCUUAUGGAUUUUUCUUAUUUUAGAUGAACAUACAGUAUCUGUUGCAUGGGAGACUGCAGGGAGGUGAGGAAUGGAGCUGCAUGAUAUAGGCUAUGUGUAUUAAAUUCCUCCUUGGAUCACAUGUUCCAAAUUACAAGGAUUCAACUGAAAAACAACAUGUCUGUACUGACUGGCACUCUGCCUGGUACCCUCAAGUUGUUUCUUAUUUGUUGUGUACAUACAAUGCACUGAAUAAAAUGUUUAUAU